GUGCGCAGCCAUCCGCGCUUGCAGCGUCAUCCUGAGGGGCCGGUUUGAAUAAGACCCCGAGGGAGGGAGGCAGGCAGGCAGGGAAGUGCCGCGCUGCUACAGCUCCGUCUUCUGUCUUUAGCUAGCUCAUUGCCUUGCUUGCUUAACUCGCCAGCCAUGCCGCUUUUCACAGUUAAUGUAAAAUGGGGCAAAGAAAAAUUCGAUGGAGUGGAGCUGAAUACAGAUGAGCCUCCAAUGGUAUUCAAAGCACAGCUUUUUGCUUUGACUGGCGUUCAACCUGACAGACAAAAAGUGAUGGUGAAAGGUGGAACUUUAAAGGAUGAUGAUUGGGGUAAUAUCAAAAUAAAAAGUGGGAUGACCUUAUUAAUGAUGGGCUCUGCUGAUGCUCUUCCUGAAGAACCAGUAGCCCGGCCUGUUUUUGUUGAAGAUAUGACAGAAGAACAGUUAGCCUCGGCAAUGGAAUUACCGUGUGGCUUAACAAAUCUUGGGAAUACUUGUUAUAUGAAUGCUACAGUUCAGUGUAUUCGCUCUGUGCCAGAAUUGAAAGAAGCUCUUAAGAGGUAUGCUGGUGCCUUAAGAGCUUCAGGGGAAAUGGCCUCUGCUCAGUAUAUUACUGCAGCUUUAAGAGAUUUAUUUGAUUCUAUGGACAAAACUUCCUCCAGUAUCCCUCCCAUCAUUCUUCUCCAAUUUUUACAUAUGGCCUUUCCUCAGUUUGCAGAAAAAGGAGAUCAAGGCCAAUAUCUUCAACAGGAUGCCAAUGAAUGCUGGGUACAGAUGAUGCGAGUACUGCAGCAAAAGUUAGAAGGUAUAGAAGGUGAUGCAGUAAUGGAAACUGACUCUUCAGUUUCAGGUGCAGCAGGAACAGCAGCAACACCACCUCCUAAAAAGAAAAGCUUAAUUGACCAGUUUUUCAGUAUUGAGUUUGAAACUAUGUAUCCUAAACGUUCUGGAGUAAUAAAGCGUGCUUAUGAAAGAGACACAAGCGAUACUACAAGCAAUCCAAGAGGCAAGCCCAACUGCAAGGAAAAACUAUGAGGAGAUGAAAAAUUACAUUGAUAAAAUGAACCAAAAACUUGAUAAUAUAGACUCUCAAUUUACAAAUUUUAAACAGUUGGUCACAAAAAAUGAACAUAGGAUUCAAAAAAUAGAAGAUAAAUCAACAGAGGUUGACAAAAAAAAUAGAAGAAUUGAUGCAAAUAAAUGGAGAAUUAGAGGACUCAAUAGCAGUCAUGGAAAUGGAAAAGGCUUGUUACUUCUUAAGAUUUCAAAACAUAAUGGAAGACAAGGAAGAGAACCUUGUAGAUCUGAUAACGGAAUUACUGGCUGAUGCAUUAGAAAUCGGGAAACAGGAAAUGGAAGGAGAAUUAGAUCAGAUAUACCGAGUUAACUCAAAUUACGCGAGAAAAAAUAAAGUUCCUAGAGAAGUACAUGUUAGAUUUCUUAAAAAAUCUGUAAGAGAUGAGAUCCUGAGAAGUGUGAGAGAUGACCCUUUGAAAUAUAAAGGAAAAGAAAUUGUAGUCCUCAAACAGAUCCCUAGGAGAAUAAGAGAGUCCCGAAGAGAAUAUCAAUUUUUAAUCAGAAAAUUAAUUGAAAAAGGAGUGAACUUUAGAUGGCUGAUCCCAAAAGGGAUUUUAAUUUAUUGGAAUAUGAAAAGAUACAGACUGGACACGACACUUAAAGCAAUGGAAUUCUAUGACAACCAUAAAGCGUUCAUGGAAGGUGGUGAAUUUGAAUCUGGUACAGCAAGAGAAACAGAGAGGAAGAGAUGGUAAUAGAAGGAGUAGCCAAACCAAGAGAAGAAGAAGAAACUAAAAAUACAAAUACAGAAGAAGGGGCAAGACCAAGAGAACAGAGACAGAUAAGAUCGAUUAGAAGAUUAAGACCUAAAUAUAAUUGAAAGAGAUGGAGAAGAGGAAAAAAAGUUACACGACUACAAAAAUUAAAAAUAGAUAUAAUUUGUCUCCAAGAAACACAUAUUAAGAGACAAUACUAUAAAUUGUUGGAACAACCAAAAAUUGGCAAACUCCAUUUUGCAUUAGCACAACAAAAGAAAAGAGGAAUAGCUCUAUUAAAGAAACAAUGAACCCUAAACAAAUUUAUGCGGAUGAAGAGGGAAGAAUAUUAAUGGUGAAAAUAAUAAUGGACCAAAACCAGAUACUGAUGGUAGCAAUAUAUGCACCAAAUGAUAAACAAGAAUUUAAUCAAAAAUUACAUUAAAAAUUGAAUUGGAAUAUCAAAAUCUUUGUAUAAUGGGAGGCUUUAAUGCAAUAGCAGAUGGAACUUUGGACUAUAAAAGCACUAAAAUAGGGAAGAAAGGAAGAAACAUAUUACCUUAAACCUUUUCUAAAAUGGCAGAAGAAAUUUGUAUUCAAGACAUGGAGAGAAAAAAAUCCAAAAAAAUUGCAAUAUACAUUUUAUUCAAAUAGACACAAAUCAUGGUCUAGAAUUGAUAUGAUAUGGAUGUCCUGAAAUUAGCACGAUGAUACAAGAAGUAGAGAUAGAAACUAAUACCUGGGCAGAUCAUAAUCCAAUAAAGAUGACCUGGAAAGAAGCCAAGAAAAAAAUCAGAUGGUCCCUGAACAAAUCUAUAUUGAAAGAAAAAGAAUUUAUACAACUAGCGACAAAGGAGAUUUACUUUUUUUUCAAAAUAAAUAAGAAAGAAGAUACAUCACUUCAAAAUGUGUGGGAUACAGCUAAAACAUUUUAGAGAGCUGGCUAUAACUUAUACUGCUAAAAAAACAAAGAAAGAAAACAACAACAGUUAAAGUUGAAGGAAGAAUUUAGAAAAUUAAAACUAAAACUACAAAUAGACCCACAAAAGAAAAUACUUAAAAAUAAAUGGAGAUAAUAAAACAUAAACUAAACCUAGUAGAGGCGGAAAUAAUAGCUCAACAGAUUAAAAGGACUAAACAACUUUUUUGAAAAUGUCAAUAAGUCGGGGAGAUGGUUAGCAAAUAGACUGAAGAAAGAAAAAGAAAAAACUGAUAAAUAAGUUGCAAGACCUAAACGGUGAAUUACAGUUUCAAAAUGACACAAUUUUAAAAUAUUAUUAAAGACUUUUACGAGAUACUUUACAAUGCAAACGAAAUUUCAAAA